AUGUCUGCUUUAGAUGAUGAAGAGAUGAAGCAUAGAUCUUCCGAAGGAGAAGGAGAUGAUCUUCAGCAAAACGAAGCUUUCGAUUCAUCAGAGGAAGAAGAAGAUGACGAUGAAGAAGAAAUCCAAAAGAUUAGAGAUGGAUUUAUUGUCGAUGAUGAUGAAGAAGGUGAACGUGAAAGAAAGAAGAAAAAACAUAAACGUCGUCGUGAAGCUGAACGUGAAAAGGAAGCUAAAGAAGAUGAAGGUCUAUUGGAUGAAGAUGAUUUAGACUUACUUAUGGAAAACUCAGGUGCAACCAAGGUCAAAGAAAAGUCAAAGUUCAAACGUUUAAAAAGAGCACCAGCUGAAGAAGUUCAACAACCAAAAGGUGGUUUAAACGACUUCUUUUCAGAUGAAGAAGACGAAGAAGAAGUUGGUGGUGAGGCUGUAUCAAGAGGUUCAAACCGUGCACCAAGAAAUAUGGUAGAUGAAUUAGAUGAUUUCAUUGAAGAAGAUGAAUUUUCAGAUCUGGAUGAAGAAGCUCGUCAAGAGAUUCGUGAAAGACGUAAACAAGAAAGAUUGAAACCAACUGAAAUCUCGGGUAUUGAUUCUGAAAAAGUUGAUGAACUUUAUGACAUUUUUGGAGAUGGUGAAGAUUAUGCUUGGGCCUUAGAAGGUGAAGAAGAUGAAGGUGAUGGAGAAGAUGAUUCAAAGCCUCAAUUACAAGAUAUUUAUGAACCAGAAGAAUUGAAAGCAAGACUAUUGACAGACAAUGAUAGAGUUAUUAGAGAUACUGAUGUUCCUGAACGUUAUCAAGAGUUGAGAAGACAUAUAAAAGAUUAUGAUUUGAAUGAAGAUGAUUUCUAUUACGAAAAGGAAUGGAUUGCAUAUCAAUUGGAAACUGAAAAAUCUUUAGCAACUUCCGAAGCCUAUGAUCAACAAUCUUUCAAAGAAUCUGUUUUUGAUGCACUUACGUUCAUUGCUAAACAAAAUUUGGAGGUUCCAUUCAUUUACUCACAUCGUCGUGAUCAUUUAUUGAAGACCACAAUCAUUGGUGAAGGUGAAGAUGUUCAAACAGAUGUUCAAACUUUGCUUAAUGAAGAUGAUUUAUGGAGAAUUGUUCAAUUGGACAUUGAAUUCCAUUCAUUAUUGGAAAAGAGAAAACAGGUGGAGAAAUUGAUGAAUGAAUUACAACUUGAGGAUGAAGUCGUCAACACUUAUUUCUCGAAUGCUCGUACAAUUACAGAUUUACAAGAUUUAUACGAUUACAUCAACUUCAAAUAUUCUGCCGAGUUGAAAGAUUUAGGUUUGAAGAAACAUAACAAAAGUUCAAUCUAUGAAAAAGUCAAAGCCGAUAGAUUAUUUGAAGCUGUCAAUGCUAUUGGUAUCUCCGCUGACCAUGCUGCCGAAAAUAUUAUUCAACAAUCUAGACUAUAUCCAACUAAUGAUGAAGAAAGAAAACCAUAUGAAAUUGUUGAAGAAAUUUGUGAUGACCCAGCUUCAUUAUAUGCUAAACCAACACAAGCUUUAGAAGUGGCUAAACAUUACUUUGCAGAAGAAUUAUUUGUUGAUGUCAGAAUGAGAGGUUACUUGAGAGAUACUUUCCGUCAAUAUUCAAGUUUAAGUAUUGCUUUGACUGAACAAGGUCGUUUGAAAAUUGAUAAAAAUAGUCCAUAUGCUGAUUUCAAAUAUGCUAUCAACCGUUCUAUUGAAUCAUUAUACACCAAACCUGACUUGUUCUUAAGAAUGUUAGAAGCAGAAUCAUUACGUCUUGUUGAAAUUAAACUAAACAUUAUUUCCUAUGAUGAAUUUUUUGAAGCAAUGUUGGGACUAAUAGCUUCAGAUGGUGAAUCAGAUGUCGCUUCUGAUUGGAAUUCAUUCCGUCGUUCAGCUUUAGAUGUUGCUUUGAAAAAAUUAUUGCCAUUAGUUGUGUUGAAUAUUAAGGAAGAUAUUCGUCGUGAAUGUGAAAGAAACUUGUUUUAUGAUGUUCGUGCAGCAUUCUUGAAAAAAAUUGAUCAAGCUCCAUAUCAACCUCAAGGCACUGAAUUUGGAACUGUUCCAAGAGUCUUAGCUAUAACAGCUGGUAAAGGUAGAUUUGGUAUUGACGCUAUUAUUUGCUCUUUGCUCAGUGAACAUGGUGAAUUUGUUGAAGAUCGUAAAUUGGAUGGUAAUCCUUUACGUCAUAAAGAUAGAUUACAGGAAGGUGAAGUUGCCUUUGAUGUUGAAUUUUCAGCCAUUGUGAAAGACUUGAGACCAGAUGUUAUUGGUAUCAAUGGUUUUAACGUUCAAAGUUACAAAUUAUUCCAAGCACUUGAAAAGAUCAUUGAAGAGCAACGUUUGACUGUUGAAGGUGACGAUUCCAAAUUGAUUGAAGUCGUAUGGGUGAAUGAUGAAAUUGCUACUAGAUAUCAAUUAUCUAUCAAAGCUUUGGAGGAGUUCCCAGAUAAACCAACUAUUGUGAGAUACACUAUUGGGUUAGCUCGUUAUUUACAAUCACCAUUGUUAGAAUAUGUUAGUUUGGGUCCAGAUAUGGCAUCUUUGGCAAUUCACAAGCAUCAAAAUCUAUUGAAUGAAGAUAGACUGAUACAAGCUAUUAAAUCAGCAUUAGUUGAUAUAGUGAAUAUGGUUGGUGUGGAUAUUAACAAGUGUGUUUCAAAUCAAUAUUUAGCUUCUGCUUUGCCAUAUGUUGCAGGUUUGGGUGACCGUAAAGCGUUCGGUUUGCUAAGAGCUGUUCAACAACAUCCAUUGUUCAGUCGUCAAGCAUUGAUUACAGAUGAAAAUAUACGAAUUGGUUCAACAAUUUUUCUCAACUGUGCCAGUUUCUUGAGAAUUCCACAACAUGUUACCAGAAGAGCUGCUGUUAGAUCUAAUGAUGAUGCUGAAGCUGUCACUUUAUUAGAUGAUACAAGAAUUCACCCAGAAGAUUAUGCGUUAGCAGAUAAAAUGGCUGCAGAUGCUUUGGAUCUUGAUGAAGAUGAGAUUGAAGAAUUGAAAGAUGCACCAGCUGGUGAAACUAUUGUUGAUAGAUUGAUGGAAAGAGGUCCUGAAAUCUUGCAAAGUUUGAUUUUGGAAGAUUAUUCUAGACAAUUAGAGCUCACAUAUCAUAAAAAGAAGAGAGCUACAUUGCAAAUGAUUUUAGAGGAAUUACAAGGGCCAUUUGGUGAAAUUAGAAGAAGUUUCCAUUUCUUGAGACCUGAAGAAAUUUUCACCACUUUAACUGGUGAUUCUCCAGAUGAUUUUUACACCGGUAUGGUUUUGCCUAUCAGCAUUAAGAGAGUUGGUAACUAUCAAGUUAGUGGUGUUACUGCAAACCAAAUUGACUGUGUUGCCAAUGCUGAUAAAGCUGUUGAAAGAGAUAACAGACCAAUACCUGAAAUAUUCUCUAAUGGACAAACUGUUCCAGCUAAAAUUUUAGACAUUGAUUAUAAAACCUUUUCUGCUGUUGUCAGUUUACUCCCUCGUGAUAUCAAAACACCAGCUAUUAAGGCCACUGUUGUCAAAGAAAGUAGUCAAUGGGACUUCAAGAAAGAAGCUGAUGAUGAAAGAGCUGAACAGGUGAAGUCAGAUUCUAGCAAGAAAAUCAACAGAGUUAUCAAGCAUCCAUUAUUCCAAAAUUUCAAUUCAGCUCAAGCCCAAAACUAUUUGGCUCCAAAAGAACGCGGUAGUUUGAUUAUUAGACCUUCUUCAAAAGGUAAUGAUCAUAUUGCUAUUACUUGGAAGGUUGACAACAACUUGUAUCAACAUGUUGAUGUUGUUGAAGAUGAAAAAGAAAAUGAUUUCAGUUUAGGUAAAAAAUUAAGAAUUGGUAACAUUGAAUUCACAGAUUUGGAUGAAAUUAUUGAAGAGUACAUUGGUGAGAUCGUUAAGAAAGUUAAUGAAAUGACAUACCAUGAUAAAUUCCGUUCAGGUACAAGAGAUGAAGUUGUUCAAUGGUUAGAAAACUAUGCAAAAGCUAAUCCAAAGAGAGCAUCUUAUGCAUUUGCAUUGAAUCACAAAUCUCCUGGUUAUUUCUUGUUGUUAUUCAAAACUAAUGCAAAUAGUCCAUUGUACACAUGGCACGUCAAAGCUGUACCUAAGGGGUUUGAACUAAAUGGUUAUGAAUAUCCAGACGUUAACUCGUUGUGUAAUGGGUUCAAAACAUUGAUCAGAAACAAGCAGAUGCAAAAACAACAACCUCCAGCUGAUGGUGGUAGACAUGCUGCUCAGCCUGCUAGUUAUGGUGGUUAUCAAGGGUAUGGUCAAGGUUAUAAUCAAGGUUAUAGUCAAGGUUAUGGUCAAGGCUAUAGUGGUCGUCAAACUCAAUCAUACACACCUGGUGCUGCUGGUCAAUAUCAAUAUUGA